ACCGCCGCUCGCCGCCACCCACAACCCAUUCAAUCGUCUUCCCAUACCAGUCUGCAUCUCCGGUCCUAGCAGCAGCAAGCGAGCUAUGGAGGGGUGCGACCGGAUCAGGGGGCCAUGGAGCCCGGAGGAGGACAGCGCGCUACGGCAGCUGGUGGAGCGCCACGGCGCGCGCAACUGGACGGCCAUUGGACGCGGGGUGCCGGGUCGCUCCGGCAAGUCCUGCCGCCUGCGGUGGUGCAACCAGCUCUCGCCCGGGGUGGAGCGCAGGCCCUUCACGGCCGAGGAGGACGCCGUCAUCGCCCGCGCCCACGCCCGGCUCGGCAACCGCUGGGCCGCCAUCGCGCGCCUCCUCCGCGGCCGCACUGACAACGCCGUCAAGAACCACUGGAACUGCUCCCUCAAGCGCAGGCUCGGCGACCUGGGCGCUGACGGAGUCGCCGAGGGUGAGCUGGAGGAGCGGCCGUGCAAGCGCGCCAGCGUCACGCCCGAGAGCACCUCCGGGUCGGACCGCAGCGACCUCAGCCAUGGCGGCGCGUUCGGUCUCGGCCAGGUUUACCGGCCGGUGGCGCGGGCCGGCGGGUUCGAGCCGGCAGACUGCGCCAUGAGCCAGCGACACGAGGAGGAGGAGGAGGAGCAGGACCCAUUCACGUCGCUCUCGCUCUCCCUCCCCGGCACGGAUGCCCAUGGGUUCCACUUCCACCACGAUAGCUCCCAUAGCCAUUUCCACCAGCCGUCUCUUUCCUCGCCGCCGCCCGCUCCGGCGUUCACCACCGCGCCACCGGCAUCGUCAUACCCGUUCUCCCCCGCCUUCGCCGCCGCGAUGCAGGAGAUGAUCCAUGACGAGGUGCGCAGGUACAUCUCCGGCGUCAGCUGCGGCGUCAACCUGCCGUCCAUGCCGCAGCUGGUGGAUGGCGUGAUGCGCGCCGCGGCGGAGCGCGCCGGCGAAGUCUCGAGGAUGCGGUGACCGGUGAUCAAUCGAUUUGAUCGGGUCGAGUAGAUCGGCAGCAAUGCCUACCUGGGUUGAUGGUCUUGCUUCAUUUCGUUAGGAUCUGAAGUCUGAACUGAAUUAGCAAUGGGAGAAAGAAGAACUAGGCAAAGCUGACGAUUUGCUUCUUUCUGUACAUACAGAAAAAUGAAAUGGAAAGAAACAUGCAUAUGUGUCCAAGUUUGUGCUCACUCA